CCGUUUAUUCUCUGUUCAGGAUGACUUAUGACUUCCUUCAAGCAUGAAUUCAGCCAUCGAGUGCAGCGCAUUCCGUUUUUACAAGAGACUUACUGCAAUAACCCACUAUUUUCCUUAUAAAUCACUUUUGGCCGAUCCCAGCCAACGUUUUGCUUCUUCCAUCAAGUUUUCGUCAGUUUCUGGACCAAAUUCCUUCUCCUCUCUAGGAUAUUGCGCUGGAAGACGGUUUUGUAGCUAUACAAGGGGACAAAGUUUGUUCAGGGCAUCUUUUUGCACUAAAACGUCAUUCUCUACUUCUACUGGUUCAUCUCUCGUUUCUUGUACGGGUAAGCUCGGUAACACGCCAAAGAGGCUCUUCUCAUCCGCUUCUGAUGUUGAGAAAAUGACUGGCAUUCCGGACUGGGCUCACUCGUUUUUCCGCUACAAGGAAUACUCUGAAUUGGAGCUUUUUAGCCUCUCCCAGAUGACUAACGGGACUUCUGGUCACUUGUUCAAUGAUACUCUGGCGAAUAAUCCAGACUACAGCAUGAAGAUGUUCUUGAACGCUUCGGAUGUUUUGUUGGAUCCCGAAGCUGCACCUCAGGCUCCUUUUACACCAAAGACUCUCUCUAAGGAGGACAUCUUGAAGUUCCUCGCCAAUGGUGAACUGAGGACCACAAAGACACAGCUGAUUGCCGUUGUCAAUGUUGGAAAGGACUGCUGCGGACAUGCAGGUGUUUGGCAUGGAGGCGUCAUCAGCGCCAUCAUGGAUAACCUGUUUGGUUUGAUUGGAAACGUCAUCCUCCCAGUUGCUGCGACAAAGACCCUCAACAUACAAUUCAGGGCACCAAUUUUGGUUGGAAGCACUGUUGUAGCGGUCACAGAGUUUGACCCGGAAGGAAAGGACCUUGGCGGAAGGUUCACUGCAAAUGGAUCAAUCUUUGACAAGAGCGGAAAGGAAGUUGUAAGGGGAUCAUCAGAGCUCGUUGAUGUAUCCGGAAAAUGGAAAAAGUAAUGUGUUUCGUCUGAGAAUUCUUGCAUCCAUUCUACUCGAUUGGAUGACCUCGUUGUAUAUGGGUGUGGAGGCUCUU